CGUGUCACGCACGCUCUUGUUCUUCUUUCCUCGUCCCCCGCCUCUCACCCUCGCCCUUCUGUCUGUUCUGUCAAGUCCGUAAACUCGGCAAAAUCGAAUUUUCCGUAGUAUUAUUUUUCAAUUGAUUUGUAUGAAAGAAAUAUGCAAUAAUGCAUAACCCUAAUUUGUAAUUCUAAUGGUGACGUGUACAAAAGUCACUUUCAGAAGUUGUUGUUUAGAUUCAAUGUAUUAUGGUGUCUAACGAGAUGCAGUCGUCAUUGGAUGAUUUAGUCCAAUAUACACAGCUAUUUAAGCCUGUAGCGACUGUUCUUCAAGGGACAGUGCUGCCUUUUCUCAUAUUAUAUCCGGUGAUAUUUUAUUCAUGGAUUGUGGUGUACGGUAUCGAGGAUAAUGUGGAGGCAGGGUUCGUGGUUGUCGCUGUCGUGGCCACUAUUCAAAUCCUCGUUUGUUUAUGUUGCUAUUGGAGCGUUCACAUUCAAUGUUUCCUGUCGUGUUCUAAGGUAAAAGACCCCAUACAAGCUGAGAUUGUCAAAGUUGUUCCAACUCCGAACAAUGGAUUUUCUGAAAUUGUCAAGUUGCAUCAUACUAAGUCCACAAAGAAAGGCAGUCUCAACCCCGAUGUAUGGUUCAUGUUCCAAAAGAGUAAAUAUGUUUACGACUGGGAUAAGAAGAUUUUCAGCACAGUGGAGUUCCCCAUCAACAAACCACAUGACCAGUACUUGGAAUCCAAGGGGUACGCAGAUGAUGAAGCUAUUGAAAUGGCGGAAAAGGAAUUUGGGAAGAAUGAGAUGAUAAUGGUAGUACCAGAAUUCAUGGAACUAUUUAAAGAAAGGGCAACAGCACCGUUCUUUGUGUUCCAAGUGUUCUGCGUAGCUCUCUGGUGCCUGGACAAGUACUGGUACUAUUCCAUAUUCACCCUCGUCAUGUUGGUCAUGUUCGAGUGCACCCUGGUCCAACAGCAGCUUAGGAAUAUGUCAGAAAUCAGAAAAAUGGGCAACAAGCCAUACAACAUUAACAUUUAUAGAAACAGAAGAUGGCGACAUAUGUUAAGUGACCAGUUGGUGCCUGGAGACAUUGUCUCUAUCACACGCUCCGUCAACGAAAACCUUGUACCGUGUGAUAUAGUUCUGUUAAGAGGUUCCUGUAUAGUAGAUGAAUCUAUGUUAACUGGUGAGAGUGUCCCACAAAUGAAGGAGCCUCUAGAAAAUGAAAAGAACACACAACAGCACUUAGAGCCGGAGGGCGACGGAAAAUUACAUAUGCUGUUUGGUGGAACUAAAAUUGUACAACAUUCGUCACCAAGUAAAACAUCAGGUCUGAAAGCACCUGAUAAUGGAUGCAUUGGCUACGUCAUUCGGACAGGAUUUAACACAUCACAGGGUAAACUUUUAAGGACCAUUCUGUUUGGAGUCAAAAGAGUCACUGCCAAUAAUCUAGAAACCUUUGGGUUUAUUUUGUUUUUGUUAAUAUUCGCGAUCGCAGCCGCUGCAUAUGUUUGGGUGAAGGGCUGUGAGGAUCCUACAAGAAAUCGUUAUAAGUUAUUUUUGGAGUGCACUUUGAUAUUGACAUCUGUUGUUCCACCAGAGCUGCCUAUAGAGUUGUCUCUAGCGGUGAACACUUCUUUGCUCUCCCUAUCGAAACUAGCAGUAUUUUGUACAGAACCAUUUAGGAUACCGUUUGCUGGUAAAGUUGAAAUUUGCUGUUUUGACAAAACCGGCACAUUGACCAGCGACAACUUAGUUGUAGAAGGUGUAGCUGGCAUCGGCGUACAUAAAGACGCCACAGUCAUUCCACUCUCUGAAGCUCCUAUGGAGACAAUACAAGUAUUAGCGUCUUGUCACUCACUCGUUCAACUAGACGACGGAAUAGUCGGAGAUCCAUUAGAAAAGGCCACUUUGAAGGCUGCCGAAUGGAACCUAACUAAAGGGGACGCUAUAGUGCCAAAGAAGGGAAAAUCGCCCGGUCUGAAGAUUGUCCACAGAAACCACUUCGCAAGUGCCCUUAAGAGGAUGUCGGUGAUCGCCGGUUACCAGGUGACCGAGCGAGGGUUCAUAGAGACUCACUAUAUCAGCAGCGUCAAGGGCGCGCCAGAAACGAUCAAGUCUAUGCUGAAAGAGGUUCCUAGUCAUUACGACCACGUUUAUUUGACGUUGUCGCGCAGGGGCGCCAGGGUCUUAGCCUUAGGUUAUAGAAAUUUAGGAAAGUUAAGCUCUCAAGAAAUCCGUGAUUUAUCAAGGGAAGAUAUAGAGUCCGAUUUGACGUUCGUCGGCUUCGUAAUCAUUUCGUGUCCACUGAAAGCGGACUCGAAAAAGGCUAUAGCGGAGAUAGUUCACGCGUCGCAUUCCGUAGUUAUGAUAACUGGUGACAAUCCUUUAACGGCGUGUCAUGUGGCUAAAGAGUUGAAUUUUACUCAAAAGGAAGUUCUCAUUUUAACUCAAAGUAAAGAAGAAUGGGGAUGGAAGUCUAUAGAUGACGAAGUGUUUUUGCCAGUACAGCCGUUUAAGAAAAGUAAGCAGUUGACUUCUAAGUUCGACCUGUGUGUGACCGGCGAGGGUUUGAGCCAUCUGAAUGAGAGUUACUACAAGUUCAUGAUACAGCUGAUGCCUCAUAUAAAGGUGUUCGCGCGGUUCGCACCGAAGCAGAAGGAGUUCGUGGUGGUGACAUUGAAAGCUCUCGGGUAUUCUACGCUGAUGUGCGGCGAUGGUACUAACGAUGUGGGAGCUCUGAAACAUGCUGAUGUGGGCGUAGCGAUCCUCGCUAACGCGCCCGAGCGCCUGCGCGAGCGGCCCGCCCCGGCCCCGGAGGCCGAGCCCGCGCGGAGGCCGGCGGGCCGCGACCCGCGCGAGGCCCGCGCCGAGGCCGCGGCCCGGCUGCGCCGCGCGAUGAAGAAGUUGGAAGAAGAGGAUCAGCCGCAGUUGGUUAGAUUAGGGGACGCCAGCGUCGCUGCGCCGUUUACUAGUCGCCUCUCUAGUAUUUUGUGCAUUUGCCACAUCAUCAAGCAAGGUCGAUGCACGCUGGUCACCACUCUCCAAAUGUUCAAGAUACUAGCCCUCAACGCUCUUAUACUGGCCUACAGUCAAUCGGUGUUGUACCUCGACGGUAUCAAGUUCAGCGACACACAGGCGACCCUGCAAAGCUUGCUGUUGGCUUCGUGCUUUUUAUUCAUAUCGCGGUCUAAGCCUCUAAAGCAGCUGUCGAAGCAACGGCCGCUGCCGAACAUCUUCAACGUGUACACGAUAAUGACGGUGCUCACACAGUUCGCGGUGCACUUCCUCUGUCUCGUUUACUUAGUCCGUGAGGCCACGGAGCGGUCGCCGGGCAGAGACACGAAGCCGAAGCUAGAUAUGGACUUGGCCGAGGACGAGGAGCGCGAGUUCGCGCCCGACCUGCUCAACAGCACCGUCUACAUCAUAUCCAUGGCGCUGCAGAUAUCCACGUUCGCGAUCAACUAUAGGGGCGAGCCGUUCAUGGAAGGCCUACGAGACAACAAGCCCCUACUGUACAGCAUCGUGGUCUCCGGCGGCGCCGUGUUAGCGCUGGCCGCGGGGAUACUGCCAGAUCUUUCCAGUAUGUUCGAGAUCGUCUACUUCCCGCCCGAUUACCGGCUCAUCCUAGUCGAAGUCCUAAUAGCGGACAUGUUGUUCGCGUACCUGGUUGACCGCGCCUGCCUCUGGCUCUUUGGCGAAGGCCGCUCGCUCGCGACCUAGCCUCCGGUCUCAAGCUGUUCUGUACGCUCGCGUAUUGUAUUAAGGUUCAUUUUAAACGUAUCGGAAUGAGAAU